AUGAAUCCGUAUGAAGAACUAAUUGUCGCCUUUCUAUUCGUAUCAAUUACCAUUUUAGUUUUCUAUAUUUUCCGAAAACUACUGGAAAAACGAAAACGAAAAUCCAUUAAUGAUUCGACAUCGGCGAAAAGUGGUCACUACUGGACGCGAGUCAGUUUUGAUGAUCGAGGUUUUUACUGUGCCUGGUGUAAAACGCACUUAUAUUCUGGUUACGAAUGUGAUUACUGCACACUUAAAGUCGAUGAGGUUAGCCUAUCUACGAUUCAGAUACCAGGAAACAUCGAUUCGGAUAAAUUUUGUUUCAUUUGUAAUGAACUAUGUGGUGGUGGUGUCACUUUGCAAGACUUCGCUUGUUGUUUUUGUUGGCGUGUGAUCCAUACAUCGUGUAUGAUGAGAAAUUUCUCGGAAGAUUGUGAUUUUGGUCCAUACCGUUAUUUCACUUUACCUCCUACCAGUAUUUGCACUAAGCGAAGCGGGAAACGAACGGUCAUAGAACGCGUAAUUUUGCCUGAAGAAGAGGAUUUUAAGCCUAUUAUCACUCUAGUAAACACUAUUUGUGGUUCUUGUACAGGACGGAAUGUAUAUAGAAGUUUCCUCCGUCACCUUCAUCCGAGACAGGUCAUCGAUAUACAGAAAGAAAAUAUCAAGGCAGCUCUACAGUGGAUUGAAGAACAUCCAGAGGUACUUGUUGUUGCUGGUGGUGAUGGGACGAUCUCAAUCGUUGCUAUUCUUCCACUCGGAACUGGUAAUGAUCUUUCUCGAGUGCUGGGAUGGGGCGCUGGGACGAAUGGGGAGGGUAUGAUUUCUUUCGUUUUCAAGUAUUUGAAUGACGUUUUCGCUGCUGAAGUGCAGAAAUUGGACAGGUGGAACAUCAUAAUUAAAUCGAAGAACCAGGUUUGGCUCUUAUCUGGAGUUUUGAUUACAAACAAGAGAAUGACCAAUUACGUCUCUAUUGGAGUUGACGCUAGUGUCACCUUUGGUAUGCAGUCAACUCGUAAGUCGAUACCGAGAGCCAUGAGUAGCAGGUUUCUGAAUAAAUUUCUCUUCUUCUCGUUUGGUACCAAAGACGUUUUCACUCGAACAUGCAAAGGUCUCCGAGAUAAAAUUUCACUUUAUUUGGAUGGCAGGUUAGUAAAGCUGCCAGAAAUUGAAGGUCUCGUGUUUCUGAAUAUUCAUUGUUGGGGCGCAGGCGUACAGCCAUGGAAAUAUGCUGAAGGUGAAUAUCCUCAAAAACUAGACGAUGGAAUUUUUGAAGUUUUUGCUGUAACCUCUUCUUUUCAUAUAGCACAAAUGCAGCCCCUAAUCUGGCUUGCGUUCAUAGGUCGUGCGAGACUUGACACUCUAGUCGCUUCGUACAUGGUUACGUUCGGGAAUAUUUCUGUUUGA